AGGCACGUUUCUUGUCGGACGCCGAUCAAGGCCGGCCUCCCAAAAUGAAGGCUCAGAGUCGUCUAUUCACAUUCGGGCUUAUCGCUUCCUGGUACUCCUCCAACAUUGGGGUCCUCUUGCUCAACAAGUACUUGCUCAGCAACUAUGGCUUCAAGUACCCGAUCUUCCUCACCAUGUGCCACAUGACCGCUUGCUCCUUGCUCAGCUAUGUUGCUAUAGCUUGGUUGAAGGUUGUGCCUAUGCAGACAAUUCGAUCCCGGGUCCAGUUCUUCAAGAUCUCCGCCCUCAGUUUCGUCUUCUGCAUCUCCGUCGUCUUUGGCAACAUUUCGCUUAGGUACUUGCCCGUGUCCUUCAACCAGGCAGUUGGUGCCACGACUCCAUUCUUCACUGCAGUUUUUGCUUACCUCAUGACUUUCAAGAGGGAGGCCUGGCUUACUUAUGUUACCCUUAUUCCUGUUGUUACUGGAGUCAUCAUUGCAAGCGGGGGUGAACCAAGCUUCCAUUUAUUUGGGUUCAUAAUAUGUGUUGCAGCUACAGCUGCAAGGGCCCUCAAAACGGUGUUACAGGGAAUUUUACUUUCUUCCGAAGGGGAGAAGCUGAAUUCUAUGAACCUUCUACUUUACAUGGCUCCAAUGGCAGUUGUUUUCCUUCUUCCAGCCACACUUGUAAUGGAAGAAAAUGUAGUUGGCAUCACACUAGCUCUUGCCAGAGAUGAUAUCAAGAUCAUCUGGUAUCUGCUAUUUAACUCAGCACUUGCAUAUUUUGUCAACUUGACCAACUUUUUGGUCACAAAGCACACCAGUGCUCUUACCCUUCAGGUACUCGGGAAUGCUAAAGGGGCUGUAGCUGUAGUGGUUUCAAUUCUUAUAUUUAGGAACCCAGUGUCUGUCACUGGAAUGCUAGGCUACACGCUCACAGUGUGUGGAGUUAUACUUUACAGUGAAGCCAAGAAGCGAAGCAAGCCACAACAUUCUUAGGGAAGUCCCAAGUGAUGUCCCUGUAUUUUGUUUUCAUUACUGCACAGACGACCUCAAGAUUCCAUGAGGCAAAAGUGUUGAAGGAUGGUAAUUGUCAGAAUCCGGAGUCAUGAAAUCUUUGACUGAACAUUUGUUUUUUUCCCAUUCGGAAAGCCUCAUUCAACGGGUUGACAUUGUAUUGGCAGCUGUGCAGAGUCAGCCUACAGUAGAUAUUUUCAAUAAGUUACUAAUACUCUCUCAUUCCUUCUCUAUUUAUAUUGUUAGACCCAUGAUGCUGGGGUCAUCGAGGAAUACCUAGCAUUAAUUCUUUUGUUGAGGUCUUUACAUUCAUGUUUUUGCUGUAACGCAUAAUGCCAUCAUAGAUUAAUUCCAUUCAGUGAUUUGUACAUAAUUAUGAUUAUGAUAUUUUCAGUUUGAAUUACACUUAUUUCAAAUUC